AUGGAGUCCAAGAUCCCCGACUUCUUGCUCGAGCAGCAAGCACAAGGAAGCCCAGAGACACAACCCUAUUUCCUCACCUUCGAAGACUACUGGGAGCGCAAACUAUGGCAUCAGCUUACAGACUCGUUGGUCGAGUUCUUCCGCAUGCCAGAGAGUGCUCCCCAUCGCUUAGCCCUCUUUAAGACAUUCGUCCUCAGUUUCGCCGACCGGAUCAAUCAGCUCAAGUUUGUGUCUCUGGGAUUGAUGGCAGCAACAGAAUGCGCAGAUGAUCAAGAACGACUGGCUUUCCUCACAUCCCUCGCCAGCAAGACGGAUACGGCCGAUACACAGGAUGCAUAUGUCUAUGCCCUCGCUGACGUGGCUAACGUCAAGCUGUCGUUGAAGGACCUGGAAGGAGCACAGACAGACCUGGCCACCUGCCAGCGGGUGCUAGACACGUUCGACUCGGUCGAGACCGUCGUGCACGCAUCAUUCUACAAAGUGAACGCGGACUAUUACCAUGCUAAGCAAGAAUUCGCCUCCUUCUACAAAAACGCCCUCCUCUAUCUCGCCUGCAUUAACCUGGAUGAACUCACCGAGACCGAACGCGCAUCCCGCGCCUACAACCUCAGCGUAGCUGCCCUGGUAUCAGAGACGAUCUACAACUUCGGAGAGCUCCUCCUGCACCCGAUUCUGGAUUCGCUGACCCAGACCCCGCACAACUGGCUCCGCGAGCUUCUUUUCGCCUUCAACCGGGGCGACUUGACUGCCUACGACGUGUUGGCCGAAGAUCUCACUCGCGGCACUGACGGAGAUGGUCUUCCACCGUCCCCCCACGACCGCUCUCUCUCUUUCCAGGCUAUCGCAUCCGAGACUAAGGUGCAGCCGGAUGAGAUCGAGCAUCUUGUUAUGAAGGCUUUGUCGUUGGGCUUGCUGCGUGGAUCUAUUGACCAGGUUGCUCAGGUUGCACAGAUCCACUGGGUUCAACCCAAGGUUCUGGAUAUGAAGCAGAUUGAUGGCAUGCGAAACCGUCUCAAGGACUGGGAUGCUGGUGUAAACCAGCUUGGUCAUUGGAUUGAGGGUGCUGGUAAGGAUGUUUGGGCUGCAUAG